CAUUGUAGAAACCUCUGUUCCAGAGUAUCAAAAAGCAGCCAGUAACGUCAAGGAUCUAGUCACUUUUGUGGCAGUAGAUUGUGAUGCAGCAGAAAACAAGGCAGCAUGUAGCACUGAUUACCAAGUCAAGGGUUUUCCAACUCUUGCAUACUUCCCAGGUGUCCCGGUUCCCACCCCAUAUCAAGGCGAACGGAAAGCCAAACCAGUCGUCGAAUUUGCACUCCAACAUAUGCCCAACUUCGCCAAGAAGAUCAAGACCGGAGAGGAACUAAGUAAACUGAUUUCUAAAUCCAAACCGUCUCGACCAUUGGUCGUUUUGUUCACUGAAGCCACCAAGACUACCCCGCUGUUCAAAGCACUUUCGAGUGUGGUAUACAAGAAGAUGGACGUAUACACGGCAACACCAACAGCGAUUGGUGCGGACACGGCAAAGGAGAAAUAUGGAGUCGAGAAAUUCCCAACACUGAUGAUCUUCAAAGGCUCGGAAGAGAAAACCGAUCGAGAAGAAUACUCGGGUAAGAUGAACUAUAAAGCCCUCUUUGAGUUCUUUAAAUCCCACGCGCCUCCUAAAGGUCAAGACCCAAAACCUAAGAAAGAAAGCCCUGGAAAAGCCGCUGGUGAAUUGUAAACUCUUACUUGAAAAAAAAAAAAUAACAACGACAAGAACAAUCCAAAAAACAAAACGUUGUCAGUGUUCUUUGAUAUUGGCACUGUCAAUCCCGAUACCAUUUUUCUUUGUUUCUUUACUAUCGGACAUGCAUCAAAUUCAAGAGAAAAUAAACAAGAGUGAAAAAUCUUCAGACAAUUUGCUAUUGAUCUAGCAGUUUAGUUGUCGCCUAGGAGAGCCUAAUCACAACUGGAAAGAAAACAGAUAAAGAGGAUAAGGUCUCAUAAGUGUCAAAAAUGUUGACAGAUGGUACUUCUCCUAGGGUAUUGUAUUCUAUUUCGUCUGUUUAUCCUAAACCAAAAGAUAAGAUUUGAUCAUUCAAGAUCUGAUCCUGUAAUGACACUAAUACAAAAUUACGGUUGGACACAUUCACUCAAGUAUUCUCUGAUAUACAUAAAUACCCACAGCAUUAAAAUAAGUUCUAGGAAAGUGGGCAAUUUACAUAAACUGUAACCAAGUUAAAAUAUUUUGAGUUGUCAAAGCUGCGCAAUUGAAAAGAAAGAGCAUGUCAAGUUCGGCCAGAUUUCCUGCUCAAUUCCAGAUCCAAUUUCUCUAGUUCUUUCAGGAGAGAGUUUUUCUGAGAUCGAAGCCGUUGCAAGAGGGUUUCCUGUUGUUCUAACUUGCGAUCGAUUGUUGCUUGAUUGUCUGAAUACUGCUCUUCUUCUUCUUCUUCUUGCGGUUGUUGUUCUUCGUUGAGAUCUUCGUCAUCGUCCAUCAUCAGUCUUUUUCGUUUAGAAAUCUAACGUAGGUCGGUCCGAAGA